GUGAAGAUGGAGCAUUCAGAUGGAGACUUGGGGGCUGUGGUUCGAGCAGGGACUUGCAGCUCCUUGAGCUCAGUCACAGGUUCAGGUUCAGGAGGAGGAGGAGGAGGAGGAGGAGGAGCGCAGAGCCAGCUACUGAAUAUGGUGGAAAUGGAGUCCCACAGACAGAACAUGAACAAGCGUAAAGCCGUGGACUCGGGCUUCCCGUCUGGCUCCUCGUCUCCAUCUUCCGUUCUCCAAUGCAACUCGCCGUUGCUUCUGAGCGACUUGUCCAAAAGCCUCACCGGUGUUAGCACCACUGCCACCACCACAGGAGCCGAUGUCGAAGGAUCGCUGCACGAAGUGUGCCAGCUCGGUUACAAUUUUAAUGGAAGCGCUGCUUCUUCGUACUACUCCAGUCUCGAGUCCGCCAACACAGCUAUAGAUUCUCCUCGGAAUCCGUUCUACGCUCAGAAUGACAGGAUAUCCGAAGCCCUCUCUCGAAACUUGCAGCAACGGGAUCAGCAGCAGCAGCAGCAGCAGCAACAGCAACAACAACAUCAGCAGUGUCUCAAGAAGACCAACAUGAUCUCAGAAUUGCUUUCAUCGUCGAGUAUGAACAUGAACUUGAACAGGUCGAGGUUACGUCCAGGCCCGGUUUCGCAGAGCCUCGAUUCUGGGCGCUUGUCGCAGGAUAUGAUCAAGGAGGACUUUUUUCAAGGCGGCUCUUCUUCUUCGUUCAAUCACAGAUCCAGCCAAUGUGCAGCGGACUCCAGCUCCGAGCAGUUAUCGAGCUCUCACCACUCGUCGCCGGCGAGGGAAGACCACAUGGCCACCCUCGGCCCCGUGAAGAAAAUUGAGGCCGCUUGCAACACCAAACUCGAGGAUUCCCUGGACUACGGCAGCCCGGGCUCCCUCGCGUCUUCCAAGGGUCCCAAGCGCAGGAAGAAUCAGCAAAAGCGGAUAGUGUGCGUGCCAGUCGCCGCCAGCGGCAGACCCACCAGCGAAGGCUUGCCGUCUGAUCUGUGGGCAUGGCGAAAGUAUGGGCAGAAGCCAAUCAAGGGAUCGCCCUUCCCAAGAGGUUAUUACAGAUGCAGUAGCUCGAAAGGGUGCUCGGCCCGCAAGCAGGUGGAGCGCAGUCGGACCGAGCCGUCCAUGCUCAUCAUCACGUACACGGCCGAGCACAACCAUCCGUGGCCGUCGCACCGUAACGCAUUGGCAGGGUCCUCGAGGAUGAGCUCGUUGGACAAGGGCACGCUGGCGCAGGAAACUGCCAAUCUCAAGGCCGAGGCCGGGGAUGCAGGCGAGGCAGGAGUGUCGGUGGCGGAGUCGCCCGUGAAUUCCAUGGAUCAUGAUACGGACACGGGGGUUAUGGACGAGCCCGAGCCCGAGCUCGAGCUGCCCGAAGCUCAUCAAGCCCCGGGCUCGCCCUCCACCACCACGCUCGAGCUCGACGGCGGCGAGGCGCAGGGCGCCGAUAGCUCCGAGCCAUUCACGUCGAUGCUUUCGUCGCACCAGCAUCAGCACCAGCACCAGAGAGGCGACUUCGAGGUGGCGCAUCAUCAUCAGGGAAAUUUGCACCUCACGGGGCGCUCGGGUAUGAGCAUGCAGGACGACGAUUUCUUCUCGGAGCUGGGCGAGCUGCCGGAAUCGCUGCUCAUGUUCGGCGGAAGAACUGGCGUCAUGGAAGAUCGGUCCGACGACGAAUGUGGGAACCUGGGCAUGGACAACGUGGACCCCUACAAUCUGUUCUGCUGGUCCUCGGGCUCCCACCUCGAGAGCUCGAGCAAUGUUGUGAUGUGAUCGGGUGAGCGACCGACGUCGCCCAUUCCAUCCGUGUACAUUAGAACGUCGGACCGUCGACCACUAGGAUCAAUUGCAGCAGCUCGCCAUCGAGAGGGAGAGCGAGAGGGAGGGAUCGACAUCAGAAGCAGCAGCCUACGAUCUCCGGCUCUGAGCCCGAAGCCCGAAGCGAUGCAUGGAUCCAACAGCGAGCGAGCUCCAGAGCCUGCUCGCUGUCGGCUCGCCAUCAGCAGCAGCAGCAGCAGCAGCAGCGCUGAUCGAGGAUUCCGAAUGCGCGCUCGUUGUUCCAAAUUUUCUGGGAAAAGGUUACGUGGAACACGUGUAGGGGACUUUUCCACAGAGUGUACAGAUAGAGGGCCAACCAACCAACCCACCAACAAUCACUUCAGCAUCAUCACACCAUCAAAUUCUUUGGCGAGGUGCUUGCCUGGGGGCUGAUCCUCGAGCUCUUGGCUUGUCCUCGCUUGCUCGCGACGGCACCCCACAUUGCGCAAUAACGUUCGAGUUCUAGCCUCCGAUCAUGCGAAGGCCAGGGACUGGCAGGGAACGCGACGGAAGGGCAGGCAGGCCAGGGCAGGAGCGCGAGGAGGGGGCCGGGCUUGGACAUUCAAUCAAUCCAUCAAAUCAGAUUAUCAACAAUCAAUUUCCCCCAUCAGAGGCCAAACUUUGUAUAUUUAGAGUUCCUUAUGGAAACUAGGGGUAACUUGGUGGCAGCUGGCCCUGGCCUUACCUGGACUGGUGCACCACAACGACACGACUCGAGCUCUAAGGUCUCAGAGCUGACACACACACAUUCACACACUCACACACUCUUACACACACUCUCUCACACACACACAUACACAGUAAGCUUUACAUGUUUAUUGCGCCGGUCGACUUCAGUUGGUUCUUUGGAGCAAGUUUCAUGGUCAGUUUCCGCUUUUGGCGCGGACAUGAAUUCGUACAUUUCGUUUCUCUUGGAUCAAUCUUCCUCAAAGAAAUCUGGCUUCAGCCUCGAUCGAUCAACGACAUCGUAUCGAGUCACGGACGGGACAGACGCGCACAGAAAAGGAGUGAGACAUAGAGAGGGAGAGGGAGAGGGCGGGCGGGCGGGCGGGCUGGCUGGCUGGCGGGCACCCAUCAGACAGGACAUGGUAGUCUUUCUCCAGGACGACGAGACGGCCCGGUUCGACGUUUUUUCAGCACCACGUUUUUCUAGGCAGGCUCUUUAGUAUAGAUCAUCAUCAUCAUACCUUCUAGCUGCUCAUCAUCGUCUCAAGAACAUCGUCCACUGGACCCAACGCUCUCAACGAGUCACUGACCCUUGUGUAUGCGUCAGGCCGCCCGACCCAGAGCAAUCAAUCAAUCAAUCGGUCGGUCGGUCGCGUCGUGUCGCGUCGAGUGGGUUUCCUAAGUGGUGGCAGUGUAAAUAUUAGAAGCUGCUACAGAUUUCCAAUUUUUGAGUUAGACCAUAGUUCAGGUGGGAUGGCCAAGGUUCAGGUAGUCUAGCUAGCCUCCUGUGUCCUUCCCACGCUUUGCGGCUUUGAUAUCAACGUUGAGAAUUUCAUGCAAAUUAGGCUUCCUCUCUCACUCGCUCAUUCAUCAC